UGUACAAGGAGAGGUUGGAAAACGAGUGGGAGGUUUUAUGGAAAUGCUCCGCAACCUCCACCUCAAUAUCCAUUUCCUUGAAGCCAUGGCUCAUAUGUCGAGGUAUGCAAUGUACCUCAAAGGAUUCGUCACCAAGAAACCAAUGUUUGAAGGCCUCGCCAACGUGACUCUUGGCGAGAAGUGUUCGGCUUUCCUCCUCAGCCGCUUGCCCAAAAAGCAAUCCGACUCAGGUAGCUUUACUAUCCCUCUUGGUAUUGGUAACCAUCAUAUAGAAAAUGCCUUGGCGGAUCUAGGAGCUAGUGUUAUUGUGAUGCCCUACAAGCUUUUCAAAAAGUUAGAAGUGGGUGAACUUAAGACCACUAAGCUUAGCAUCACUUUAGCCGACCGUUCGGUCAUUAGCCUGAGAGGCAUUGUGCAUGACAUGUUGGUGCGAGUGGGCAAGUUUUGCUAUCCGACUGAUUUUGUGAUCCUUGACAUAAGUGAGGACUCAGAUAUGCCACUCAUACUCGGUCGUCCCUUCCUCGCCACCGCCAAGGCAUUGAUAGAUGUUAAUGAGGGGACCUUAAUUCCGAGGUAUGGUGAGGAGAGAAUCCCUCUUGAAAUUGACCCUAAGGCUAGAAGUGAGGAAGUGAAGGAAUUGGUUUCGAAUGAUGUGAAUGUGAGUGGAGGAGAGCCUCUCAAGGCGAACCCCACUAUUACUUGUGUCGCUUGUGGUGAUGUUGAGCAGGAAGUCAAUGAGGGUACUAUGCCCAAGGAAAAGAAGAUGAAUGCUUGCAGGCAAAAGAUGAAACAAGCUUUGGCCCGAAGGAAGGAGAAGGCCAAAGCUAAGUUGGACGGCCAAGAGGGCCACCUAAUGGAGCAUAAGUUGGGAGGCUACGUGCCUCGCCAAGAGAACGUGGCAGAUCAACUCUCGGUGGCAUCAUGUUCCAAAGAAUGAUAGAUCCGCAACAUCAAGCUAGUGAUGUUAACUUGGCGCUUGUUGGGAGGCAACCCAACGGAGGUUUGUUUUCUUUUUCUUUUUCUUGUUUUCGUACUUGUGUUGAGUGAAGAGUUCUAGUGGCCGAGUGGUAUCCCCAUGCCAAGUUUUUUAGUUUUGCGAUUUAAGGUUGUGUUGUGAUCGUUAGGAGGCACGGUGGAAUAGGUCGAGUCAAAAUUUUCUCAGAAGUGCCCUUGUUUUCACUCGAGUUCACGAAAGGACUUGAGUGUUCACGUUCUUACAAGACCGUGAACAAGCAAACGCGUCCGUGAACUAGGCACUUCUGCAUGUGAACCACCUGUCGACCAACCCUAGUUCACGGACGGACUUGAGUGUUCACGGUCUCUAAGACUGUGAACAAGCCAAGCUUCGCCUAUAAAAAUGGGCGUGAACG